AUGUACGACUAUUCGCAGCGGCGAACUGAGCGCAGAAUGGAGAGUUUUCAUGCCCGAGACCGAUUGUUAAAGGCUUUGGCAGAAGAGUCCUCGGAAGAUUCUGAGUCUCCUGGCCACCCAGUGAACGAUGAAGCGAACAAUGAAGCACCCGAACCCGUCGAGAAGAGACAUGUUCUGACUGAGAAAGACUCUCUCAAGAGAUGUCCCCAGGCGCAUACAAAUGCAGCCAAGAAGUAA